CUGUAUUACGGGGUCUCGGUAGCACAUGGUGGCUGCGAGGAGUGAGCGGGACCACGUGUGCAGAGCGCAUGCGCCCGGCACCAGAUGUGGUCAGCUUUGGAAAAGAUGCCAGCUCCAGCCACCACAUAUGAAAGAAUAGUUUACAAAAAUCCCUCUGAGCACCAUUAUAUGAAAGUCCGCCUAGAAUUUCAAGAUCGUGGGGUUGGACUGAAUGCUGCACAGUUCAAACAGCUGCUUAUUUCAGCCUUGAAGGACCUCUUUGGGGAGGUUGAUGCAGCCUUACCCUUGGACAUCCUAACUUAUGAAGAGAAGACCCUGUCAGCCAUCUUGAGGAUAUGUAGCAGUGGUCUUGUCAAAUUGUGGAGCUCUUUGACUCUGUUAGGAUCCUAUAAAGGCAAGAAAUGUGCUUUCAGAGUGAUUCAGGUUUCUCCAUUUCUCCUUGCCUUAUCUGGGAAUAGCAGGGAACUAGUACUGGAUUGAAUAGUCUUCAGUUGUAGAAACAUCCUUCUCUCAAAAGCAUGUUUUGGUGACAAUAUGCUGUCUGAAGACUGAAGCAGUCUAAAAGCUCCGAUUGCUGAAGAUGUUCCCCGUAAUUUCCCGCCAUCAUCUGUGGUGGGGUGGGCUUCAAAGGAGAAUCUGCCUGAGCCAGCCAGUGGUGAGCAGGCAUCACGUUGAGCAGAUGCACACCAGAGUUGGAGACCGCGCUGAACUCAGCAGGGCCUUCACACAGAGGGACGUGGCUGCCUUCUC